GUUUUUUUCUCACAGCGGCUGUACAAUCCGUGUUGUAUAUUCAGACGAACCGACCUUAGGCUAAUUAUUAAAAAACACGACUUAAUAUUCCUGUAAGUGAACAUGGAGCGCUCAUUUCUUUUGCUCUUUUUGUUGCUUUUAUGUGUUUCAGGUGCAGAGUCAGAUGAAAUGAAAGUGCUGCCGGAAGAUUCCUACACUAAUUUAACUCUCCCAAUUCCUAAAAUUACCAGAGCGUAUCAAGAAUGUUCUUCAUCGGAGUCCAAAUGUUUGGUGAUGUGUUCAGUGUUGAAUGUGAGUGAUGUGACUCUCUCCUGGUACAAAGGAAACCGUUUAUUGUCCAGCAUCAUUAUGUCUGAUCUAAGCAGCAGGCUCUUUCUACAUCUGGAGGUGGAACAUCAGGAUAACAACACCUACAGCUGUGUGAUCAACAAUCCCAUCAGCAAACAGACCAAACAUCUGGACAUUAUGCAGCUCUGUCAGACAUGUGAAGAUAUAAUACAGACAGAGAUGCCAGUGAAGGAGGGAAAUUCCAUCACUCUACAUGCUAAUUUAGACAUACAGGAGACAGAUCAUGUAUUGUGGAUGUUUCAAAAGACUUUCAUUGCUGAAAUCAUUAAAAAAAAUAUUCAUCUAUAUAACUGUGAUGGGAGAUUCAGUGGCAGACUCCUGCUGGACAGUAAAACUGGAGAUCUCACCAUCAUAAACACCACCAAAUCACACAAUGGGUACUAUAAACUACAGAUUAACAGUAUACCUUCCAGAUGUUGGGGUUUCAAAGUUACUGUUUAUGCUCAUCUGCCAGUUCCGGUCAUUACCAGAGAGUGCUCUUCAUCAUCAUCAAGUCAGAAAUGUUCACUGCUGUGUUCAGCUGUGAAUGUGAGUCAUGUGACUCUCUCCUGGUACAAAGGAAACAGUUUAUUGUCCAGCAUCAGUGUGUCUGAUCUCAGCAUCAGUCUCUCUCUACCUCUGGAGGUGGAAUAUCAGGAUAAAAACACCUACAGCUGUGUGAUCAACAAUUCCGUCAGCAACCAGACCAAACAUCUGGACAUCACGGAACUUUGUUCAGGUUUUCAUAUUUGAUAUUAGUGUUUAUUUGAGAAGCUUAUCUAUGGCUGCAUUUUUCAGGUAUGCCAUGAGCUACUAUAUUGUUUCCUCUCAUGUAAGGGUGGUUUGCCUAUACAGUAGUUCAGGCUGCAGGAUUACCGAAUGGCUAAAGAAAUGUUAACAGCAAGAUGGUAGAAAACUGUACACUUCUUUUUACAGUGUUGCUAUAGUGUGAUGAUACUGUAUUGAAAUAGGUAGCACUUUAAAGUUAAUACCCAAUCAGAUCUAGAUAGCACAUCAUUUGUAAAGAAAGAGAGAAAGAGACAAAGAAAAGAGGAGGCAAAGAGAGAGUGACCCAUGAAAGCAAAGAGCCAGAGAAUAAAAUAGAUAUACCAACAGUUCACUGAUUCUUUAGAUAAGGGACAAAACAUGUCCUACACACAAAAGUCCUUUUUAUGUUAAAAAUAAAUAAA